AUGGUUGCCUUCUUACUGUUGGUCGCCAUCAUCGUGCCCGCGAGAGAUCAUCUGGGUUACGACGUAAUAAAUGGCACCAAAACUCUCAACGACAUGACAAAGUCAUGGAUGCAUCCGGAAUAUUACAUGCUACAGCAAAUUUGGAUAUUCCACCUGGAAAACCUAGAGGAUGUUCUUCGAGGAUCCAAGCCGAGAAAACUAGUUGACUAUGCUUCAACAAGUCUCCCAGCAAAAAUCGCCAUUGAGGCUGUCUUGAGAGUAAUGGGCGAAAUGCCGUUUGUUAACGUCACUGUGCGAGAAGCACUUUUUGAUGGAUAUCACGACCCGUUGAUUGAUGCAGUUUGUAAUAAUACG